GAUUUCAUAUUUUAGCUCAUGAAUUUCUGCUGUUCAUGAUUGCUAUAAGAGUUUAUAGAGCUACCUUGAAAACUGUUAGUUAUCUGAGCAUAACAGCAAAAGUCGGACGAUUUUAUUCAGCGGUCCCCGCCGACGACAUGCCACAGAUAGAGAGGUCACAUGACUACAACUUCGACCUGGCGGUCCUUGGUGGCGGUAGUGGGGGGCUUGCUUGUGCUAAGGAGGCCGCUAAACACGGCGCCAAGGUGGUAGUGUUUGAUUUCGUUCAGCCGACCGCCCAGAAGACCACUUGGGGUAUUGGAGGCACGUGUCUCAAUGUGGGCUGCAUUCCUAAGAAACUGAUGCACACCGCCAGUAUCUACGGUGAGCUAAUGGAAGACGCCCAGAACUACGGAUGGGACGUCACCAGGAACUCUCACGACUGGGGCAAGAUGGUGGGCAACAUUCAGAACCACAUAAAGGGUCAGAACUGGAAGAUACGAGUGGAUCUGCGGGAGAAGAAUGUGACGUAUUAUAAUGAGUACGCUACCUUUGUUGACAAGCACACUGUCAAGAGUGUGAACAAGAGGGGAGCAGAGAGGACAGUUACCGCGGACAAGUUCGUGCUAGCUAUGGGUGGGAGACCUAACUACCCUGACGUACCGGGAGCUUCAGAUUUCGCCAUCACCAGUGACGAUAUCUUCUCGUUGAAAUACCACCCGGGUAAGACGCUAUGUGUGGGGGCUAGCUACAUUUCUCUGGAAUGUGCCGGGUUUCUGAACGGUAUUGGAGUGGACACCACUGUACUCGUCAGAUCUAUUUUACUCAGAGGAUUUGAUAGCGAUUGCAGUGAGAAGAUAGGAGGUUACAUGGAACAGAGCGGAGUUAAGUUCAUCAGACCGGGUCUUCCUAAGAAGAUUGAGUGUAUUAAAGAAGCUACAGCGGACACAGCUCCAGAACUCAGAGUUACUUAUACCCACAAUGGAGAGGAGAAAUCAGACAUCUAUAAUACAGUAUUAUUCGCAAUAGGAAGAAAACCAUUAACAGAUAAAAUAAAUCCAGAAUCUAUAGGUCUUAAAUACGAUCCUAAUGGUAAAAUACCAGUUAAUGAAGAGGAAUUAACAAAUGUAGAUAAUGUAUACGCAAUAGGUGACCUACUAAACGCGCCGGAGUUGACGCCACUUGCCAUUCAGUCAGGGAGACUGUUAGCUAAGAGGCUAUAUGCUGGUUCUAAAAUAUUAACAGACUACGUGAACGUACCAACGACCGUGUUUACUCCACUGGAAUACGGUUCAGUGGGCCUAUCAGAAGACCAAGCUAUCGCCAAAUACGGGGAAGAUAACAUAGAGGUUUACCACACGCUCCACACGCCAACAGAACAAGUAGUGAGGGAACCCUCCGAACUAGACGGAUAUAACUACGCUAAACUAGUAGUUAACAUCGCGGACAACGAGUGCAUCUUGGGACUCCACUAUCUCGGACCAAACGCAGGUGAAAUAACAGGUGGGUUCGGACUGGGUCUGAUAAUGGGGGCUACUAAAACAGACUUCGACCGGCUAGUCGGCAUACACCCCACUUGUUCAGAGGUGUUCACGACGAUGAACAUCACCAAGCGAUCAGGCAAUUCAAUCGACGUAGAGGACUGCUGAUCUUAGAGAUGCUAUGGUAACACUGCGUUCUAAGUUCUUAGAGCGCAGUUACCAUAGCGACCACGGGACCUUGAACCUAGUUUAGGGUUCCGUGAAGAGUUAACUCGCUGAGAUCCUGGUUAUCGUGGUGAAAUCUCUCUGUUCACGGAAUAUACUGGAAUGUAAACAUGAUGUACUUCAUACUUGUAUAGUAUGUGUACGUGACUGUGUACUCCGUGUACAUUGUUAGUGGUUACCAUGGUAACUGGAUAAUGACGCUCCACGGCCAAUCUGACCUGUCAGAGCCUAGGAACUGAUGAUGGUUUUAGUUGAUGUUAUCUUGUUUUCGUUGGAGUGUAGACAUGGAAUAAGCUGCUUCACACAUUGAUCAGAAACUUUAUAAUGAUUAGAUAGUCGGUAGUACCAUGUAGCUCCGUGUAGCUCGAGAGUUUAGUAUUUCUGAUUUGUGUAACCUGUGAUUUGUCGGCUUUUUAUAAGGAGCAGUUUGUUCUUAGUUCAUAAUUUAUAUAGUAACUAAUGAUGAAGUUUUAUAGUCAAUUUUAAUUUGUUGAUUGGGGGUGACACUGUCCGAUUUGCCCAUCUACCAGGAAAAAAAUCAUAUGAGCUAGUAAUAGAAUGAAAACGUUAUUAUCAUUUCACCAAACAGCUUGUCUAUAAACUUGACUAGAAAAAAAAAACUUUUUUGGAGAAGGAUACAAUUUUUAAAACGGCCGGUGACACCCCCCUUUAUUCGUCUUUGAAGUAUUAUACAUAUUUAGAUGUAUAGUGAUGAAAUAGAGUUCACACGAUUUCUAGAACUUUCAAUUACUGAAUCUAAAGUGGAAAUUGUGAUCGGCAUAUAUUCUCCUGACCCCAAUAAAAACUGAUCAAACAUUAUUUAUUUUCGUCGGUGAGCCCUCCUUUUUGGGAGAGGUGAUAUCAGAAGGUCUCCUGUUUUAAGGACUAACUGUACUUACUUGCUUUAAUUGUUUUUAUCUUACGUACAUGUAAUAGUCCGGUAUUUUGGCUUCUUAUCAAGUUCACAAGAGUUCAUUGCUAUAAUUUUACAUUUUGGUGAUCUCGAGGAUUGAUAAAUUUGUGUCGAAAAAACGAUUUUAAACAUCUGUGGGACACAAAUUUCUUAGUCAAAUUGCACCGUUUUAGGAUCAAAGCAUUAAAUUCAUUUAUCGAAUGGUACAAUUGCAGAGUGUCCAAAGUUUACAUUCGAAUGAUCAAACAAUUUAGUUUACAA